AUGACUACCAGUCUAGCAUCUGGACUUCUUUCCCAUCAGCCCCGUCGUAUCUUACCGGCGGGCGCGAGAUACGGUGGUGCGUUCAUGGCCGGGUCAAUGCAAACCAGUAGUGAUCCCGUUGCUAUCUCGAAUCCCCUCCCUGCGACCUCUGGCUCGAUCCUUAGCGGGCCGCCCGAGCAAAUCUCCUUCCUAAAGACCUCCCCCCCGAAGCCAGAAUCACAUUUGAGCUCGAUUGCCAGCGCCGGGUUGCGCACCUCUCCUUCUCCCGGGAUAGAGGCAUCAAGACCUUCAUCGUCGCCCCGCAUGGCGAGCACAACCACGGCCGGUCCGGCUGAUCGGCCGUCCGAACAAGAGAAGGAUCGGGAACAACAACAACAUCAGCAGCAGCAACAGGCCAGUCCCCAGGUCGCUCGAGAAGCCCUGGGAGCGGCCGUCGGGCCCAGUGCCGACAAAGACCAAAAGUCACAGGACCAGGCGAACGCGUCCAAUACACUCAGUGAGCCGAUGGACACCGUUGCUAGGUCGAUUCAGAUGUCAUCGGAUGAAAUGCAAGUGGAUCCUCAAAGGAGCCCAGGCGCCGUUGCAGACACCUUUGGUUCCGGUGAUCAAGCGACGACCUCGGGAACCUUGAUAAACAGCUCAACCGUGGCAAGUCCCGGCCCGAUCGAGGAGACAGCGUCCCAGGAUGGCGACCGAUCCCGGCCCCAAAACGAGUCGCACGAGACGCACGACAUACCGGAAGAUGCGAACAAAGCCUUCUCUUACCCCAUGCCCACCGUCAGCAUGGGCGAUCCGCGCCGCGGCUUAAGCCUCCCCAAUUCAGGGUUCCAUAAGGGCAGCCCACGAUCUCCCUCGGCCAAAAAGCAUCGAUGUCCCUACUGCUCGACCGAGUUCACGCGACACCACAACCUCAAGAGCCAUCUUCUCACUCACAGUCAAGAGAAACCGUACGUCUGCCAGACUUGCCAAUCUCGAUUCCGGCGGCUCCAUGACCUGAAACGGCACACCAAGCUGCAUACUGGCGAACGACCCCACAUUUGUCCCAAAUGUGGUCGGAGGUUUGCCCGAGGAGAUGCCCUGGCUCGUCAUAACAAAGGCCAGGGAGGAUGUGCUGGGCGGCGAGCAAGUAUGGGAAGCUUCGUGGGGGAAGAGGACUAUGGGGACGUGGGGCCUGGGGGGGGCGAGGACGCCAUGGAUGGUCUCAUGUAUACCGAACCGGAGCGGAUGGAUGAAGAAGAUGAAAGGCGACUGAACAUGCCUAGCAUUCGGAAGCACAAUGCGCCUUCGACAGAACCUGUCCCCCGCUCUGGAGCCUUCCAGUCUCGAGGGCCAAGCACGUAUCCUCCCAUUGCCGCCAGCAGACCUCCACCUCCCGGCGGUCUCUUCCCUCCGGCGACCAGUCAUGGAGGCUCGAGCUCAUCGACCUCGCCGAUUUCUCAGACGGGGGCGAUGACGUUCCCCCCACCCGGGCAUCCUUCCUCGUCGAGUUUCCCGGCCCAUAGUAUGACCGAUAGUCCCAAACCACUUUCACCGAAUGCAUUGGCAUCGAACCAACUUGGUCACGGGUCCGAAGGUGCUAACAUUCACUUGCACCAGCAACAUCGCGCCCACUCUCCCAGCUUAACUCAACAGUACCAGCAGCAGCAGCAACAACAACAGCAACAACAACAGCAGCAGCAGCAGCAGCCACAGCAACAGCAGCAACAGCAACAGCAACAACAACAGCAGCAACACUAUAGCAGGACCGGACCGGCACCGCCCUCGACAGGUAGCGCGCAAACAUCUUUGGGUCUCCCACCUCCCCAACCGGGGGCUCCUCAGCUGCCUCCUCCACCUGGACUCAAUCCUCCAGAUGCCCGUUAUCCGCUGCACAACCAAGGGCCCGUUCAAGGACCACCUUCCGCUUUGCCUACAAAACACACGGCGACACACAGUCAUUCCAGCAACCAUAGCACCCCAGCUGCUCCCCAAACUGGGGGCGAAUCCGGUCAGACGGGUCCAUUGUCGGGGCCUCAGGAUCCCAACGGCACUGCGGAGCAAAGCCGGGAAGAUAAGUUAUGGGCCUACAUUCAAUCCGUACAUAACGAAUUAAAUAUAUUACGAACUGAAGUCGUGGCUUUGAGAGCACAAAUCGCCGCCACACAGAACUCGGGAUCAAGCUCCACGGUUCCGCCUCCACAGCAGGCUCAGGGAGAAGGGAAUGGCGGAAAUAGCGGUACGCGGUGA